AUGAACACUCCUUAGAAUAGCAACUUUUUAUAUGAUGUUAUAGUUGUAGGUCUUGGUGCCCAUGGCUCAGCAACGUUCUUCCAUUUAGCUAAACAGGGUUUGAAGGUCUUAGGUUUAGAGCGUUUUGAAUUAGCUCAUACCUAGGGUAGCUCUCAUGGUGAUACAAGAAUCACAAGAAAAAUGGUAUUUGAGCACCCAGUUUACGUUGACUUAGUUACUGAGGCUUAUGAAGCAUUUGAUGAACUUUCAAAGAUUGCUAAUCGCCCUAUAUUCAAGCAAACAGGAGGUCUCUUUAUGGGUAAGCCAGACUCUGAUCUUGUUAAAUAAUGUUUACAUGUAGCAAAAGCAAAGAAUCUGCCUAUAAAAAUAUUAAAUUCUAAACAAAUAAACCAAUUAAAUCCUUAAUUUGACCUAUAAGGUAAAGAUGACAUCGUAGGUGUUUAUGACUAAGAAGCAGGUGUACUAUUCCCUGAAAAUUGCAUUCAAUCAUUUGUCGAAUAAGGAGUUAAGCGUUAUGGUGGCCGUGUUCAAACAGGUACUCGCUACAUAUCGCACUCAAUUGUCCCUCCUCCUAAGGAAGAUCCAGGUAGCAAAACUGUUCAUGAAACUGUUUAUGAAGUAGUGACUGACUGUGGUAAAUUUAGAACCAAGAAGAUUGUAUUUUCUUGUGGAAUGUGGAAUACUCAAAUUAUAAAUGCUCCUCUUGAAAUUCGUAAGAUUUAAUUAUUUUGGUUUAAGGUACCAGAGAAUGUGAAUAUGGACUUAGAUCAUUGUCCUAUCUUCAUGUAUGAAGUAGAUAGAAAUCCUCUUUACUAUGUUUAUGGUUUCCCUAACUACCAAGGUUCAGGUAUUAAAGUUGGAUUCUCUCCUAAUCAGCACAACAAUAUCACUUAAAGCCCAGAUAGACCUAUUAGAUCAGUAGAACCUCAAGAAAAAACAAGGAUAGUUCACAUGAUGAAAGAGUUCCUACCAAACAUUGGAAGAUAGCCUGUUAUAGAUGAGAAGGAGUGCUUCGUUACAAUGGCCCCUGAUGAAAACUUCAUUAUAGAUUUUGAUCCAAAUGACAAAAAUAUAUUAUAUUUGAGUCCUUGCAGUGCUCAUGGGUUCAAAUACAGUGGUGGUGUAGGUAGAUUAGCUGCUAGAAUGAUCAAGCAUGGCAGACAUGAAGACUAAUAUAGCAUGUUUAGAUUAAAUCGUUUUGAAAAUCAAAAUGUAUAAUGGAGUGAUUUAUUCAUCAAAUAAGACUUAGCUUAUAAUCCAUUUUCAAAAUAUUUCCAAAACCCUACCCCAAAAUUGUGA